CGCCUCAAUCAAUUACUUCCAAAAUCCUGGUACAGCAAGAAUUGAGUAUUUGGUAUGUCUCGCAGAUCUUCCGAAUUACCGACUUUUAAGAGCCUGGGUGAGGAGGGAAGGAGUGAGGAUGAGAAAGCCUUCCGCUUCCGCACGGAUUCGAGUACCACUCUGGCAGUCUCCGACGACGGAUUUACUAUUACGCCCUCAAUACCAGCGCCGCACAUAUCUCGCACCUUCUCCUCCUGCCAGACUAGACCCAUCACGUCGACGGAGCAUUUCAUUGACUGGGCUAUCAAAGUCGUAGGAGUCGCAGCAGCCGUCUUAUUUGGCAUCUGGGCGCCAGUGAGCUAUCGGGCGCAGAUGAGUGGUAAUGCAUCGAAUGAUGAUGCGCAGGAGAGGUUGGUGGAUCAGAUGGAGAAGCUAGCGGGGGAGGUGGAGAGGUUGGGGAGAAAGAUGGAGGAAGUGGCGGCGUUGAGGGGGUGGGAGUUUUGUGAAGCCAAGGGGAGGGGGUCACUAUCAGCAUGUCAAUCCCUGACCUCAACCCUCAAACUCGAAUCUAUAAUCUCAGACCUCGCAUCCGUCCGCCGAAAACACAAGCCUUCAUCCCGUCGAACACCAACAAAUCCACCCUCAAUCUCAUUACCUACAACCGAAAGCAUCUCCACUCCUACGGGUUCCACCGACGCUUCGUCACUGGCAUCCAGGGGUCAAAAUUCCAACCAGCAUACCAGCACUUUCCCGUAUUCACAGGCUCCGUCAAUUUCCACGGGCCUAGCGGUUCCGAGACCGGGACUGGGUUUGGAGAAGGGGAAUCCGUAUCAGAUGGCCAUGUUUUUGGGUUUUUUCUUUGGAGCUAUAGUUGUACUUGGGGUCAUAGGAGGAUAUAAAGUUGUCAAGAGGAGGGUGAAGGGUAACUCCCAAUAUCAAGUUUUGGAGGGGAAGAUGAGGGUGAGAGAUAACACUAUGUAUGGUUCUUAUAUUAUAAAGCCAUUCAUACCAAGUGAGCCACAGUAUUGGGCAAUAGCGGUGCCUUACAUGGUUCGUUGGGUCACCAACCAUAUGGUAGUCCACGCUACUCUUGAGCAGGCUAUAAAGAAGCCGCAAAUUCAGACAAUACUAGAAAGGCUAGCGGAACUAGCAUCCCCUUAA